GGACCAGUCGGCUUCCAGCCAUUCCUUCCUCUCCUCUCCCCUCCCAUCCUGUCGAGGCUCGCCCUCGCCGCCAUUCCCAUUCGCCUCCUCCUCCUCUUCUCCACCUCCGCAAAACCCUAGCCGCCGACCCCUCCAAUCCCCCACAAGCGUCCGAAUCGCGGCCCCAAUCGAGCUAGGGCUCGCCGAUUUCUGCCCGGGCCCGUGGAAAUUUCCGGGCGGCCUUUUCGGGUGAAUCCUUAGGUUUUUUCUGGGUGGAUUGUUUGAUUUCUGCGGCGCACGAUGGGGAGCAGGAGGGAGGAGGAGAGGAACGAGAAGAUCAUCCGCGGCCUCAUGAAGUUGCCGCCCAACCGCAAGUGUAUCAAUUGCAACAGUGUGGGCCCGCAAUAUGUAUGUACCAAUUUCUGGACCUUCAUUUGCCUGUCAUGUAGUGGAAUUCACCGUGAGUUCACUCACCGUGUUAAAUCAGUGUCAAUGUCCAAAUUUACAACCCAGGAAGUGCGGACUCUUGAACAGGGGGGUAAUCAGCGAGCUCGCGACAUCUACCUAAAGGACUGGGAUUGGCAACGAAUGAGGUUGCCUGUCAAUACCAAUCCGGAUAAGAUAAGGGAAUUUAUCAGGACUGUUUAUGUGGACAAGAAGUAUGCUGGUGGGUCCUCUUACAAGCCAGCAACAGAUAAUGAGAGUGUAAAAAGCAAUGAAAAUGAAAUGAGAAGACCUAACUCCUAUCACUCAUACUCCCAAAGCCCACCUUAUGAUUUUCAGUAUGAAGAUAGAAGAUAUGGUAAGCAAGUUGACACGCUUGCUCGAAGGCCUUCAGAUAGGGCACUCUUCGAUGGGAAGCUCGGCAACUUUCUAUUCAGUCCAGGUCGUUUGCGAGAUCAGAUGAAUGAAGACCGAUUUGCUAAUGAAAGUUCAGGGUCAAGGUUUUCUGACUUUUCAGCCUCAAGCACUGGUGACUUUAGAAAUGAUGUCCUUUCUCCUAGCUCUCAAGAGACAGGGUACAGUAGUCCCUCCGUGCAUCAUUCAAGAAACGUCUCUGCUGAAAAUCCUCAAUCCCAGAAGUAUCCUAAUGCAAGUUCACAAAUAGAUUUGAACGGAGUUCGACGCCCGCAGCGAACAGCUUCUUCUGGAAGUUUUGGAUCAUUUGAUGGUAGCUCAGUGUCCAACAAAUCAGUUGAAUCAGGUUACCCGCCUGAUGCACCAACAGAAAAGUCAGUGCAUUCUGCAGUAAACCAUCAGAUUGUGGCUUCUCCUGUGGCAAAUUCAACACAACUAUAUACCUCUCCACCCAGCAACCACAACUUGAUAUGUCAGAAAUCUGCUGACUUAGGUAGCCAAACCACUCCCACGAAGAACCCUGUGCAACAUGGUGGAGUUCAUACUGAAGCUGUGGUGUCGUGGCCUGCCCCAGCACAACCAACGACUUUCACACCUCUUGACCUCUUUGAUCAAUCAACUGUGCAACAACCUGUCACUUCUGAUGCACAGAUAGAUCUGUUUGCUGGCUUAAAUGAACAGUCAUCAGCUUCUCAUAAUUUAGGCAGUCAUUCUGAUGUUGCCAAAGAACCUUCCCCUAAUGUUGUCGUUCAGACGGCUGUGGUACCAUCAGCUGAAGCACAGAUAGAUCUGUUUGCUGGCUUUAAUGAACAGUCAUCAUCUUCUCAUAAUUUAGGCAGUCAUUCCGAUGUUGCCAAAGAACCUGCCCAUAAUGUUGUCGUUCAGAAGGCCGUGGUACCAUCAGCUGAAGCACUCACCACAUCCCAUCCUGCUCGCCAAGAUCUCUUCAGUCUGCCAAUUGUGCAGGAACCAGCAACUUCCUCACCCCCUCCGCCAAUAGAUCUGUUUGCUGGCUUUGACCAACAACUGCCAAAUUUGUCUAAUGCUCAGCAAAUUCCAUCAGCGGCUCCAUUGCCUGCUAAUGGUGGAUGGGCUUUCUUUGAUGCACAACGUGGAUCUUCAACAUCUGUUUCAAAUGUGCAAGCUCAGAUGCCUGCUGCAUUUCCUCCAUCUGAUGAUAUUGCUAAAGGAAUUGAUCAAUCAACAUCACUAACUUCACCACCAAAUGCCAUUGGGUCACAAAGUACUCUGUCUAUGAUGGAUAACUGGAGUUUAAAUACUGAAGAAGUGAAGAUUUCUGUCCCCAAAGAAAAUUCUCCGCCUUGGAAUGCCUUUGGUGAAUCAACUCAGAGCGCAUCAAAUAAUUUGUUCACAUUCAACACUAUGUCUCAAGUAGCGCCUCAUCAAUUUAUUACACCCGGUGCUUCAUAUGUUGAACCCAGAAAUCCACAGGAUUUAGCUAGGAGUGAGACUGAAAGGCCAACUCCUGGGGAUAUGUUUUCUGGUUUCAACGUUUCACCUGUUGAGAUGGCUGGACCAUUGUUUCCUGCACCGCUUCAAUCCCAUUUGGGCGGCAUGGUGUCUCAUCCUGGAAAUUCAACAAAUCCAUUUGACAUAGCAUUUGAAUCUGAUGUUGACACCAACAACAUGUUUAUGGAUUUGACCUCGCUACAGGAUACAUUACCAGAUCUUCAUACCACCACCGAUUAUUCUGGGAGCUUAGCACAGCCAUGGGUUUCUCAGAAUUCUACUAUGCCAUACAUUCAUUCUGGGCCUCAAGGAGGAUUAUCCUACGUGGCUGGACAAGACUCUCGCAUGUUGAGUUCGACUCAACAAGGACCUUUUCCACCUAGGAAUCCAUUUGAAAAGGAAUGCACAGAAGUCUAUCUGGCAGGCAUUGCUGAAAUUUUUUUCCCCAAGCAACAAGAUGUGCCCACUACUCACCUGACUGAUUCCCCACCCACCGUCAUAGCGCGGCCAGCCAUGCGCCCGUUCCACCCUCCCCGCCCCAACCCUAACCAGCCCCACCGCGGGCGGCCAGGCGGCGACCCGGGCCCGCCUCACCUCCACGGCGCCCCCAUGCACCCUGCCUUCCCGCCGCCCGUCCCCAACCUCGCCGCCGCCGCCGCCAAUCCCAUGGCUGCGGCAGCGGCAGCGGCGGCCAACCCUUUCCUCGCGCUGCAGCUUCUCGGCCAGGCGCAGCAGCUUCAGAACCUCGGCUUCCUCGCCGCCGCGGCGCUCCAGCAGCAGCAGCAGCAACAGCAAUACCAGCAGGCGCCGUUCUUCCCGGGAGGGUUCCCGCCGAACCCCAACCAGUUCGCGCCCUACACGGGCGGCCCGCCGCCAGCCAGUUUCAACGGCGGCGGGGCGUUUCGGCCCGGCGGUGCUGGGGUUUGCGGGCCGCGGCCGCCCGGGCCCAUGAUGAGCCCUGCAAGGAAGGGUUCCAACAGCAACUCCGGUAGCGGUGGAACCCCGAAGCCGAUUCCAAUUCUCAAUGUUGCGAGGAAGGACUACAACAACAGCUGUGGUGCGCCGAGGCCAAUUCUCAACGAUGUGAGGAAGGACCGGAAUAACAGUGGUGGUGGCAACGGCGAGGUAAACCACUUUGAGAAUAAAGCAGAUGGCAUAUCUAAUUUUGCAUCUGAAAAUGGGAACAAAACAACAGAUCAGAGAGUCCGAUUUAACUCUGGAAGAGAUCUUAGAGAUGGCAGGCAAUUUGGUGCACCUAGAGGGAGGGGAAGAGGAAAGCACUAUAAUCAAGGUCGUGGAAGAGGAAACAACAAUUGGGGAGACACAAAAUCCAACUUCAUGAGACACGAAAGUCCAGCAUCAGGACGUCGCAGUGAUGCUCCAGCUCUAGCAUCAGGCGGAAGCCGAAAGCGACCUCCUUUAAUCUAUGAUGCAAAUGAAGUUAAACAGUGGGUAGAAGCACGCAAGAAGAACUACCCUACAAGCGUCAAUAUAAGCAAGAAGUUGUCUGAGAGUCAGUCAGAAAAUCAAAACAAGGACAAAGAUGCCCAGCUGCGACGCCAGGAACUGAAGGAAAUCCUAGCAAAGCAGCAAGAACUGGGUUUUGAAUUACCUGAGUUACCACCUGGCUAUCUAUCUGAAAGUGAGGAUCAAGGCAAUGAAAAGAAAAGUAACUGGAAAACUCAACGCAGGGAUUCUCGUUUUGGAAAUCGUGCCAAUACUAGCAAAAGAAUGAGGUAUGAGGGUGGAGAGUUUCAGUCUAAAAGAUCCAAGGUAUGGAACCGUACUCCUAACGGUGAUGGAGCAAUGGCUAAGAGCAGGGAACCGACCCUCCUACAGAAGCUACUUAGCUCCGAUAUCAAGAGGGACAGGCAUAGGCUUCUUCACACGUUCAAAUUCAUGGCCUUGAACAAUUUCUUUGAGGACUGGGCUGAUAAGCCGCUGCAGUUUCCCAUUGUUAAGGUGAACCAGAUUGAAAUCGAAAAUAAUAUUCCCACAGGUGACUUUGAUGACUUUGAGAAUGCUGAGAUGGCCAAGGACAUGAGACUCGAUACAAAUGAAAAUGGUGAUAGCAAGGAGAUGAGCUCGAUCGAUGAAGAAAUUAGUAUCGCCGACCAGGACGAUGGCGAAGAGGAUGGUGCUAGUGUGGACAGAAGUGACGAGGAUGGGGUCGAGGAUGCAUAUGAAGAGCAGUUUAACGAACCAGAACAUGAUGCCGCUGCAUGAAACUUUCUGAACGGGGUACCUAAAUUUAAAGCCAAGUGUUCUUUUUCUGUCUGUAAAGUUCAGUUUGCACAAUGCAUUCUAUAGUUCGCAUAUUCCUGGCGAGUUAUGAUGUUUGAAGAAAAGUACUUGUAGAGUUGUAGUUGAAUUAUGAUGCUAUCUGCUGGGAACAUACUUCGCCGCUGUACGGACAUGGUCUUUCCUGAACAAACGCACAGAACACAGCAGCAUGAUAUGUUCCUCAUUCUGCA